AUGGCUUCCCAUGUGGACAGUAUAUCUGCCUAGAGAUAAAACAGAUUAGUGACCUCCCUGUAUCGUGUUAGUUCAUUUGGAUGCCUGCUAUCUGCCAUCUUUCAUCUUGAGGCUGUCAAAGGUCUCUUCAUUUAUUUCAGAAUGGAUGGGCUUUGGAGUCGAGCCUAUUCAUUUCAGGAGCUGAAAAAAUACCAUUAAAUUCUGAGAUAUCUGAAGGACAAAAGUCCUGAAAAUGAGCAAUCACAAGCAGCGUUGUUAAAAUAAUCAUCUCUCCAGAUGAAAGGGUAAUAGAGUCUUUGAUAAAAUAACAUUAUUUAUUUUUUCUUAGACUUAAAGGGUAAAAUAAUUUCUACGCAUUUCUUAUAAGAUUAUUAUUUUCCAUUCUCUAGCUGAAAGGGAUCAAAUGACGCAAGACCUUAUCUCGGAGUAGAAAUUGCUUGAUCGAACGCUGGCUCCACUACUGUCUUCAGUGCCAAAAUCUGCUGCAUCUGAGAGAAACGUACGUUGAACUAAGACAGAGGAAGAGGUAAAGAGAGAUGCCCAACUCUGCUGAAUAUUUUUUAUAUAUAUAUAUUUUUGGCCCACCAAGCAAGGAGUUUUUGUAUGGAGGUCAAUGAGUGUCGAAUUUGGGCAACAAAGAAAUGAAUGGCUUAUUUGCUACGUGAGGUUUAUUUGAUUGAAUAGACGUUUCAUAAUAAGUAGGACACAUAACAUCCCUGCAACUUUGAGGAAAAACACUUAUCGGAGUUGUCUCAAGAUGGAUAUGCAUAUUCAUGGUAUGAGUCUAGUAGCAUAGCAUCUCUCCAUUGAAUACAGUCGGUUGACGUCAACAACCCUCAUCGAAUAUUGAAAAAAAGUAUUUAAAUAAUUAAUUUAUCCACCAAUUCAAAGAAAGGAUAGGCGGGAGCUAGACAGCCCGCUGUGACACUUUGUGGACAACGACUCACAUUGUUAGGGCGUAGAGACACGUAUUUUGUCAGUAUAUCCAUAACCUUUGACUAAGAGAAGAGAAACGCUCUAAGAGAAACACUUGUUGAACUUUGAACUCCCCUGGCUAAAUUGUGAAGCAAGCCAAUGUAGGACCUUUUAAAGGUUUCAUUCUGCUGAAGAGAUACAGUAUGUCAAUAUUGCUGUGUGAAAAAAGUGUUUGCUCAUCUUGAUGCAAACCACAAUAACUCCACUGUUCCCAUUCCAGGUUUCUGUUUUCCUAAGUUCCUGCACCGAGGCAAAGGAGAGUCAGGUAGGAGGAGCACUCUUACCACAAUGUGGUCAAAGAGUUGGGCUACAUACAGUGAGCUCCAAAAGUGUUGGGACAGUGACACAUUAGUUUUUGUUUUGGCUCUGUACUCCAGCACUUUGGAUUUGAAAUUAUACAAUGACUGAGGUUAAAGUGCAGACUGUCUGCUUUAAUUUGAGGGUAUUUUCAUCCAUAUCGGGUGAACUUUAUGUACAUAGUCCCCCCAUUGUAUGGGACCAAAAGUAUUUGGACAAAUUCACUUAUGUGUAUUAAAGUAGUCAAAAGUUUAGUAUUUUUUUCCAUAUUCCUAGCACACAAUAAUUACAUCGAGAGUCACUAUUAUUGUAAAUAAGAAUAUAAUGUUUCUAAACACUUCUACAUUCAUGUGGAUGCUACCAUGGUUAUAGAUAGUCCUGAAUGAGUCGUGAAUAAAGAUGAGUGAGAAAGUUGGACACAUUACAAUAACAAGGUUAGCAUUUUUUGAGGAGGUUGAUAUUUAUGCCUCUAACUUUCUCAUCAAUAUUCACGAUUCAUUCAGGAUUAUCCAUAGUCAUGUUAGCAUCAACAUUAAUGUAGUGUUUAGAAACAUAUUCUAUUCUUAUUUACAACAAAAGUGUCUCCAAAAUAACACAAUACAUUAUUUACUAUUCAUUUCUAUUGGGCACAACAUAAUCUGAAACACAACCAAAACAAACAGCAAAUACAACCAACAAGUUUGUAGCAUGACAAGCUUGAUGUCAUCAUUUGUUCUAGGAAUAUGGGGCCAUAUAAGUGAAUUCAUCCCAAUACCUUUGGUCCCCUAAAAUAGGGGGACAAUGUACAAAAAGUAUUGUAAUGUCUAGAUGAUUUACCCGAUAUGGAUGAAAAUACCCUCAAAUUAAAGCUGACAGUCUGCAUCAUUUGUAUAAUUUUGAAAUCCAAAGUGCUGGAGUACAGAGCCAAAACAACAAAAAAUUUGUCACUGUCCCAAUACUUUUGGAGCUCACUGUACGUCCACUAGAGUGACUAGUUUGAAAUUAUUUUGCCAGCUGUAUUUGAUGGGGUUCCCUUUGUCAAUCAAUAUUCCUCUAUCUCUGAUCAGAUUUAGAAGACAGAAAAGUUGGAGAGAUUAAAUGAAACCCAUUUGCUAUGAGGUUGGCUAAACUUGAAAUCUAUAUAUUAGCUGGCUACUCACUAGCACGUGGGCUUGUGCUUGAGAGAUUGUUUAUGAGACCGAUGUUAAUUAUUAGUGAAUAUGCAUUAUGCAUGGUUCUGUUGAAAUUUGUAACAAAAAGGGCAUUUUUAAAUACAGACCUGAAAGCCAGAUAAGUGAUUAUUGCAAAAAAGCAGGUACAACUAUUUUGAUCAAAUAAUUAAAUGAUUAGUGGGUCUUAUGGUUAUGGAAGGCAUAUAUUCAGCCUAAGUAUAAUUUCACAAGCUCAUUCGAUUAUUGCUGACUGUUUUAAAUGCAGUAUAUUUGGCCAUUUAAUUGUACAACAAAGCUUAUUUAGAGAAAAAAUUUUUUAAAUCGAGAUAUAUAUUGUGAAUCGCCAAUAAGUUCGAAAAAAUCGAGACAUGAGUUUUAGGCCAUAUCGCCCAGCCCUAGAGGAGAUGCAUUGUAAAUGUGUGUUCUGUGUAGUGUAAUAUACACUGCUCAAAAAAAUAAAGGGAACACUUAAACAACACAAUGUAACUCUAAGUCAAUCACACUUCUGUGAAAUCAAACUGUCCACUUAGGAAGCAACACUGAUUGACAAUAAAUGUCACAUGCUGUUGUGCAAAUGGAAUAUACAACAGGUGGAAAUUAUAGGCAAUUAGCAAGACACCCCCAAUAAAGGACUGGUUUUGCAGGUGGUGACCACAGACCACUUCUCAGUUCCUAUGCUUCCUGGCUGAUGUUUUGGUCACUUUUGAAUGCUGGCGGUGCUUUCACUCUAGUGGUAGCAUGAGACGGAGUCUACAACCCACACAAGUGGCUCAGGUAGUGCAGCUCAUCCAGGAUGGCACAUCAAUGCGAGCUGUGGCAAGAAGGUUUGCUGUGUCUGUCAGCGUAGUGUCCAGAGCAUGGAGGCGCUACCAGGAGACAGGCCAGUACAUCAGGAGACGUGGAGGAGGGCAACAACCCAGCAGCAGGACUGCUACCUCCGCCUUUGUACAAGGAGGUGCAGGAGGAGCACUGCCAGAGCCCUGCAAAAUGACCUCCAGCAGGCCACAAAUGUGCAUGUGUCUGCUCAAACGGUCAGAAACAGACUCCAUGAGGGUGGUAUGAGGGCCCGACAUCCACAGGUGGGGGUUGUGCUUACAGCCCAACACCGUGCAGGAUGUUUGGCAUUUGCCAGAGAACACCAAGAUUGACAAAUUUGCUACUGGCGCCCUGUGCUCUUCACAGAUGAAAGCAGGUUCACACUGAGCACAUGUGACAGACAUGACAGAGUCUGGAGAUGCCGUGGAGAACGUUCUGCUGCCUGCAACAUCCUCCAGCAUGACCGGUGGGUCAGUCAUGGUGUGGGGUGGCAUUUCUUUGGGGGCCGCACAGCCCUCCAUGUGCUCGCCAGAGGUAGCCUGACUGCCAUUAGGUACCGAGAUGAGAUCCUCAGACCCCUUGUGAGACCAUAUGCUGGUGCGGUUGGCCCUGUGUUCCUUCUAAUGCAAGACAAUGCUAGACCUCAUGUGGCUGGAGUGUGUCAGCAGUUCCUGCAAGAGGAAGGCAUUGAUGCUAUGGACUGGCCCGCCCGUUCCCCAGACCUGAAUCCAAUUGAGCACAUCUGGGACAUCAUGUCUCGCUCCAUCCACCAUGCCACGUUGCACCACAGACUGUCCAGGAGUUGGCGGAUGCUUUACUCCAGGUCUGGGAGGAGAUCCCUCAGGAGACCAUCCGCCACCUCACCAGGAGCAUGCCCAGGCGUUGUAGGGGGGUCAUACAGGCACGUGGAGGCCACACACACCACUGAGCCUCAUUUUGACUUGUUUUAAGGACAUUACAUCAAAGUUGGAUCAGCCUGUAGUCUGGUUUUCCACUUUAAUGUUGAGGGUGACUCCAAAUCCAGACCUCCAUGGGUUGAUAAAUUUGAUUUCCAUUGAUCAUUUUUGUGUGAUUUUGUUGUCAGCACAUUCAACUAUGUAAAGAAAAAAGUAUUUAAUAAGAUUAUUUAAUUCAUUCAGAUCUAGGAUGUGUUAUUUUAGUGUUCCCUUUAUUUUUUUGAGCAGUGUAUUUUUUGCUAUGUCUUCUAACUUGGAAUCAUUGGAUCUGGGGGUGGACAUUGAGGUUGAAUGCUCAUGACUUAAAAAUGAGCUGAUGCUUUGCAGUGCAGUGUUUUCACAAUACCAGAAUUUUGACUUCGAUACCAGGUUUAGUAUCACAAUACUCAAUACCAUCAUGAUACCACAGCAAUCGUUGUGCAUCUUUUGAGUUCAAUAUCAUGACAUUUUGAAUUUCUUUACAUCAAAAUUUUUCAGAGACAGCCAUGUAUACAUUACUGAAUCAAUUAUACAAUCAUGCAAUCAAUUUGACUUUGUUUUUACCAACUACAUAUAUAACGGUAAUAAUUUAUUUGAAUGGUAAAUCUCUAUUGAUAAAUUGGGUAAAUAGGUGUGUGCAUGCAUUGAGUUAUUGAGCUUGUUUUGGCUGAUUUUUAAGGGGCUACAGAUGACAAACAAUUUGUUUCCCUUCCAUUUAGGACUUAUUUUAGGGUACUGAUCAACAACAUUUGCAUUGAAGUAGCUUCUUUUAUAAAAAUGUGCGCUGUCUCUUUAACCAGUAACGACGUCAUUUGCAAGGCAGUCAGUUCGCUGAUAAUCUUUGGUAGAGAUGUGAGAGAGAACGAAUAAGUGAAUGAAUAAAGUUUGUGGUGGCAGUCAGCUUUGAAAUCGGCAUAUUUUACGUUAUGGUUUGCAUAUUAUCAUAAACAAAGUGCUAGGCUAGUACCGAAAGUAAAACUAUUUUUUUUAUUACUGUAGUGUUUUUCAUGUUCUAGCAUUGAAAAAGUACUGAAGUUUCGGUAUACCGUGGAACACUAAUGCAGUGUAUGUUUAACAGCUACAAUUUGCUGAGUCAUCACAUUUGAUGUAUGGUUUUCAUUUGGCCUCUCCGUACCUCCACCGAGGUAGCAAUGCCAUCUGUUGUUAACAACCGGUAGCAAACAGAACAAUGAAACUCAUGUUUCCUGUUGCCAAUUUGCUUCAUAUCACAUUUUUAUUGGUUGUGUACACUUAGUUUGCAGAUGUUAUCGCACGUGCAGCGAAAUGCUUGUGUUUCCAGCUCCAACAGUGCAGUAUACCUAACAAUACAAAUCGAUACACACAAAUCCAAAAAAGAAAGAAAUUAAGAAAUAUCAGAAUGAGCAGUGUGUUUAUGUAUUUGUGUGUAUAUAUAUAUAUAUAUUAGGGGUGUAACGAUUCAUCUACUACAUCGAUGUAUCGAUUUAUAUUCAUAUGAUCCAACUACAUCGAUCUGUGCGCGGCGAGUUGGCCUUUUGGACAACAUAUAUCGAUCUAACAUCGUUUUAAAAAUGUAAUAAAUCGAUUGUAUCGAUACUAGGAAAUAACCCAUUGGAUUUAAGCACGUCAGACUUUAUAUGCAGGGGUGCACAUAACUGGUACGCAGAUACGCAAGCGCGACAAAUUACUACGCGCCUUUGCGUACUUGACCGAUCUUCUCAUCUAACCUUACACAUGACAUGUUGCUUGUCAACUACUGUCAGGGAUGUCCAAAAAGCAACAGACAUUAAGCAGCCUUUUUGGCGUUUCGCCACCUACAAAGAAACGCCAACUGGAGCCAGAGCCGAAGAAAAUACUUUUUUCGGAAAAGUGGCUCCAAGAUGUGCAGUGGCUUGAAGCUAACGAUGAGCGCACUGAAAUGUGGUGCAAGAUUUGCCGCUCAAAUCCACAUCUAGCAGACAAAACAGGUGCAUUUUAUAAAGGCUCAAAGAAUUUCAACCAUCCUUUAUUUGACCAACAUGAAAAGAGCAAGGAGCACACGAAUGUGGCGCAAGCCAUUGCUAAAAGCUAGCCGAGAAUAAAUGCAUAAAGCUAAACACGCACGUCCCAUGUCUUCCUAUUCUGAGGAUGUUCCUUUACUGAAUGCUUUUUGAUGGAUCUGAGGACAUCACAAAAACUGAGCAGGAAAUAGUUUACAUUGUGUCUGUGUCCAGCAACGGAGAGUUUACUUCGGACUUUAUUGGACUGAUUGAAUUGGGUGCUGACCGAACCGCACAGGCCAUAACAGACGGACUUGUGAGACUUUACGGGGCGGCUGUCAACGUAGGUAUGGGUAAGUUUCAUAAUACCAGAUGGUCUGCAUGGAGGCAUGAAACACUGUUAAAAAUAUCAAGACUAUUGCCAGCCAUUAAAAUGCAACUGGUUACCAGGUAUUUAUUUCAGUCACACUGGUUGAAUUUUUGGCUAAAAGGUUACUGAAUCGAUUUCAAGUCACUGAAUCGUUUCGGAUCGUAUCGUUCUAAAUGAACCAAUAUCGUCCUUGAAUCGUAUCGACAACCACGAAUCGUGAUACAAAUCGAAUCGUUGUUAAAACGAAUCGUUACACCCCUAAUAUAUAUAUGUGUGUGUGUGUGUAUAUGUGUAUAUAUAUAUAUAUAUAUAUAUAUAUAAUAUAUAUAUAUAUAUAUAUAUAUAUAUAUAUAUAUAUAUAUAUAUAUAUAUAUAUAUAUAUAUAUAUAUAUAUACACACACACACACACACACACACAGUGGGGAAAAAAAGUAUUUAGUCAGCCACCAAUUUUGUCUGUCAUAGUUGACGUGUACCUAUGAUGAAAAUUACAGGCCUCUCUCAUCUUUUUAAGUGGGAGAACUUGCACAAUUGGUGGUUGACUAACUUUUUUCCCCCCACUGUAUAUAUAUGUGUGUGUGUGUGUGUGUGUGUGUGUGUGUGUGUGUGUGUGUGUAUAUAUUGUCUCCUGAGUGGCGCAGUGGUCUAAGAUCCUGGUUCGAAUCCAGGCUCUGUCGUAGCCGGCCGUGACCGGGAGACCCAUGGGGUGGCGCGCAAUUGGCCUAGCGUCGUCCAGGGUAGGGGAGGGAAUGGCCGGCAGGGAUGUAGCUCAGUUGAUAGAGCAUGGCGUUUGCAACGCCAGGGUUGUGGGUUCGAUUCCCACAGGGGGUAUGAAAAAAAUAAUAAUGAUGUAAGUCGCUCUGGAUAAGAGCGUCUGCUAAAUGACGUAAAUGUAAAAUGUAUAUGUGUGUGUACAAAACAUUAGGAACACCUGCUCUUUUCAUGAGAGACUGACCAGGUGAAAGCUAUGAUCCCUUAUUGAUGUCAAUUGUUAAAUCCACUUUAAUCAGUGUAGAUGACGGGUAGGAGACAGGUUAAAGAAUAAUUUGUAAGCCUUGACAAUUUUUUUUAUUUAUUUAUUUAUUUUAUUUCACCUUUAUUUAACCAGGUAAACCAGUUGAGAACAAGUUCUCAUUUACAACUGCGACCUGGCCAAGAUAAAGCAAAGCAGUGCGAUUAAAAACAACAACACAGAGUUACAUAUGGGGUAAAACAAAACAAAGUCAAAAAUACAACAGAAAUACAUAUAAUAUACAGUGUGCAAAUUUAGCAAGUUAUGGAGGUAAGGCAAUAAAAUAGGCUAUAGUGCAAAAUAAUUACAAUUUAGUAUUAACACUGGAAUGAUGUGCAAGAGAUGAUGUGCAAAUAGAGAUACUGGGGUACAAAUUAGCAAAAUAAAUAACAAUCUAGGGAUGAGGUAGUUGGGCGGGCUAAUUUCAGAUGGGCUGUGUACAGGUGCAGUGAUCGGUAAGGUGCUCUGACAACUGAUGCUUAAAGUUAGUGAGGGAGAUAAGUGUCUCCAGCUUCAGAGAUGUUUGCAAUUUGUUCCAGUCAUUGGCAGCAGAGAACUGGAAGGAAUUGCGGCCAAAGGAGGUGUUGGCUUUGGGGAUGACCAGUGAGAUAUACCCGCUGGAGCGCAGACUACGGGUGGGUGUUGCUAUGGUGACCAAUGAGCUAAGAUAAGGCGGGGAUUUGCCUAGCAGUGAUUUAUAGAUGGCCUGGAGCCAGUGGGUUUGGCGACGAAUAUGUAGUGAGGACCAGCCAACAAGAGCGUACAGGUCACAGUGAUGGGUAUUAUAUGGGGCUUUGGAGACAACGGAUGGCACUGUGAUAGACAACAUCCAAUUUGCUGAGUAGAGUGUUGGAGGCUAUUUUGUAAAUGACAUCGCCGAAGUCAAGGAUCGGUAGGAUAGUCAGUUUUACGAGGGCAUGUUUGGCAGCAUGAGUGAAGGAGGCUUUGUUGCGAAAUAGGAAACCGAUUCUAGAUUUAACUUUGGAUUGGAGAUUCUUAAUGUGAGUCUGGAAGGAGAGUUUACAGUCUAACCAGACACCUAGAUAUUUGUAGUUGUCCACAUACUCUAGGUCAGACCCGUCUAGAGUAGUGAUUCUAGUCGGGUGGGCGGUUGCAAGCAGCGUUCGGUUGAAGAGCAUGCAUUUAGUUUUACUAGUGUUUAAGAGCAGUUGGAGGCUACUGAAGGAGAGUUGUAUGGAAUUGAAGCUCGUUUGGAGGUUUGUUAACACAGUGUCCAAUGAAGGGCCAGAUGUAUACAAAAUGAGACAAUUGAGACAUAGAUUGUGUAUGUAUGCCAUUCAGAGAGUGAAUUUGCAAGACAAAAGAUUUAAGUGCUUUUGAAUGGGGUAUGGUAGUAGGUGCCAGAUGCGCUGGUUUGAGUGUGUCAAGAAUUGCAAUGCUGCUGGGUUUUUCACGCUCAACAGUUUCCUGUGUGUAUCGACAAUGGUCCAUCACCCAAAGGACAUCCAGCCAACUUGACACAACUGUGGGAAGUAUUGUAGUCAACGUGGGCCAGCAUCCAUGUGGAAUGAAUUGAGGCUUUUCUGAGGGCAAAAUGGGGUGCAACUCAAUAUUAGGAAGGUGUUCCAUCUCUCAACCCGCUCUACUGCAGCCCUGUUGAAGAGGAUGGGGCGUGCUCGCCCCCCACCCAUUUCCUGUUGUCCACCAUCAGCUCCUUGGUCUUACUGACAUUGAGGGAGAGGUUGUUGUCCCGGCACCACACUGCCAGGUCACCUUCUCCCUGUCUCAUCGUCGCCGGUGAUCAGGCCUACCACUGAGGUGUCGUCAGCAAAAUUGACAAUGGUGUUGGAGUCAUGUGUGGCCAUGCAGUCGUGAGUGAACAGGGAGUACAGGAUGGGACGAAGCACACACCCCUGUGGGGACCCCAUGUUGAGGGUCAGAGUGGCGUAGGUGAUGUUUCCAUCCUCACCACCUGGGGUCGGCCCGUCAGGAAGUCCAGGAUCCAGUUGCAGAGGGAGUUGUUCAAUCCCAGGGUCCUAAGCUUGGUGACGAGCUUGGAGGGGACAAUCAUGUUGAACGCUGAGCUGUCGUCAAUGAACAGCAUUCUCACAUACAGUUGAAGUCGGAAGUUUACAUACACUUAGGUUGGAGUCAUUAAAACUUGUUUUUCAACCACUCCACAAAUUUCUUGUUAACAAACUAUAGUUUUGGCAAGUCGGUUAGGACAUCUACUUUGAGUAUGACACAAGUAAUAUUUCCAACAAUUGUUUACAGACAGAUUAUUUCACUUAUAAUUCACUGUAUCACAAUUCCGGUGGGUCAGAAGUUUAAAUACACUAAGUUGACUGUGCCUUUAAACAGCUUGGAAAAUUCCAGAAAAUGAUGUCAUGGCAUUAUAAGCUUCUGAUAGGCUAAUUGACAUCAUUUGAGUCAAUUGGAGGUGUACCUGUGGAUGUAUUUCAAGGCCUACCUUCAAACUCAGUGCCUCUUUGCUUGACAUCAUGGGCAAAUCAAAAGAAAUCAGCCAAGACCUUAGAAAAUAAAUUGCAGACCUCCACAAGUCUGGUUCAUCCUUGGGAGCAAUAUCCAAACGCCUGAAGGUACCACGUUCAUCUGUACAAACAAUAGUACGCAAGUAUAAACACCAUGGGACCACGCAGCCGUCAUACCGCUCAGGAAGGAGACGUGUUCUGUCUCCUAGAGAUGAACGUACUUUGGUGCGAAAAGUGCAAAUCAAUCCCAGAACAACAGCAAAGGACCUUGUGAAGAUGCUGGAGGAAACAGGUACAAAAGUAUCUAUAUCCACAGUAAAACUAGUCCUACAUCAACAUAAACUGAAAGGCCACUCAGCAAGGAAGAAGCCACUGCUCCAAAACCGCCAUAAAAAAGCCAGACUACGGUUUGCAACUGCACAUGGGGACAAAGAUCAUACUUUUUGGAGAAAUGUCCUCUGGUCUGAUGAAACAAAUAAAGAACUGUUUGGCCAUAAUGACCAUCGUUAUGUUUGCAAGGGGGUGCCUUGCAAGCCGAAGAACAUAAUCCCAACCGUGAAGCACGGGGGUGGCAGCAUCAUGCUGUGGGGGUGCUUUGCUGCAGGAGGGACUGGUGCACUUCACAAAAUAGAUGGCAUCAUGAGGAAGGAAAAUUAUGUGGAUAUAUUGAAGCAACAUCUCAAGACAUCAGACAGGAAGUUAAAGCUUGGUCGCAAAUGGGUCUUCCAAAUGGACAAUGACCCCAAGCAUACUUCCAAAGUUGUGGCAAAAUGGCUUAAGGACAACAAAUUCAAGGUAUUGGAGUGGCCAUCACAAAGCCCUGUCCUCUAGAGAACAUUUGUGGGCAGAACUGAAAAAGCGUGUGCGAGCAAGGAGACAUACAAACCUGACUGUUACACCAGCUCUGUCAGGAGGAAUGGGCCUAAAUUCACCCAACUUAUUGUGGGAAGCUUGUGGAAGGCUAUCCGAAACGUUUGACCCAAGUUAAACAAUUUAAAGGCAAUGCUACCAAAUACUAAUUGAGUGUAUGUAAACUUUUGACCCACUGGGAAUGUGAUAAAAGAAAUAAAAGCUGAAAUAAAUAAUUCUCUCUACUAUUAUUCUGACAUUUCACAUUCUUAAAAUAAAGUGGUGAUCCUAACUGACCUAAGACAGGGAAUUUUUACUAGGAUUAAAUGUCAGGAAUUGUGAAAAACAGAGUUUUUAAAUGUAUUUGGCUAAGGUGUAUGUAAACUUCUGAAUUCAACUGUAUGAGAGGAGUAGUGCAAGAUAUGUAAAUGUUAAUAAUGUUUACAUAGUGUUCCAUUUCUUAAAGUGGCCAGUGAUUUCAAUAGGCAGCAGCAGCCUCUAAUGUGCUAGUGAUUGCUAUUUAACAGUCUGAUGGCCAUGAGAUAGAAGCUGUUUUUCAUUCUCUCGGUCCCAGCUUUGAUGCACCUGUACUGACCUCACCUUCUGGAUGAUAGCGGGGUGAACAGGCAGUGGCUCGGGUGGUUGAUGUCCUUGAUGAUCUUAAGUAACAGCCUACCUGUUGGCUCUUAGUCGCUGUAGCCUUUCCUUGCCUUUAACUUUUAAUUCCAUCUUCCAUUGAUUUAGAUAUCUCUUAACUUUUGCCACACACUGAGGCUCUAUGACUGUAGCCUGUUGGCGCUUUCAUGCCUUAUGAUUGGCCAACAACAAACUACACGUGCCACUCUCCUGAAAAGCAACAGCAGCAGCAUAAAUUAUACAAGCGCUCGCUCUCACGCUCUCUCUCUCUCCCUGCAGCAGUCUCGUAUGGGUCCUUCCGUACAUGUCAGUUAAAAUUACACAUACCCAAGAGUAAGACCCAUCAUCAUCAGAUCCGACCCAGACCGUGACAUUAGAUAGAAUUCUGGAUCCGGACCCUCUCGGGUAUUCGGGUACAGGUAGAUCCGUGAAGACCUCUACCUCAACUUGUUGAGCCAAGUCACUGCACAAUAUCUCUCCUCCAAGUCACUGCAGCAUACCUCUCCUCCAAUACACUGCAGCAUACCUCUCCUCCAAGACACUGCAGCAUACCUCUCUUCCAAGUCACUGCACCAUACCUCUCCUCCAAGACACUGCACCAUACCUCUCCUCCAAGACACUGCACCAUACCUCUCCUCUAAGUCACUGCACCAUACCUCUCCUCUGUAGUGGCCUUUAUUUACCCUCCUUAGCCAAUGGGGUUGUUGGCACCUCCAGAAAUGGUGGUCUUUUAUCAAAGACUAUAUGACAAUGUCACAGUAGGGACAUGUCAUUAACAUGAACAUGUGUAUGGUUGAGAGGGAUGAGGCAAAAGAGAUGGCAAAUAGGUCUGGCUGUACAACCAAUUGGCAAAUGUACUGCAAAUUGAGAUAUAAUUUGACUAAACUGAAUACUCUGAAACAAAGAUGAUUGACAAAGAAUUAUAGUAAAAAGCUUUGGAGCACCUUAAAUGGAAUUUUGGGCAAAAAGGCAAACUCUGCUCCUUCAUUAAUUGAAUCAGAUGACUCAUUCAUCACAAAACCCACUGAUAUUGCCAACUACUUUAAUGAUUUUUUUCAUUGGCAUGAUUAGCAAACUUAGGCAUGACAAGCCAGCAACAAACGCUGACACUACACAUCCAAGUAUAUCUGACCAAAUUAUGAAAGACGAGCAUUGUAAUUUUGAAUUACGUAAAGUAAGUAUGGAAGAGGUGAAUGUUUUUGUCUGUCUAUCAACAAUGACAAGCCACUGUGGUCUGACAACUUGGAUGGAAAAUUACUGAGGAUAAUAGCGGACGAUAUUGCCACUCCUAUUUGCCAUAUCUUCAAUUUAAGCCUACUAAAAAGUGUUUGCCCUCAGGCCUGGAGGGAAGCAAAAGUUAUUCACCUACCUAAGAAUAGUAAAGCCCCCUUAACCUCUUAAGGAUCUGACCCUUUUUUUCAAUUUUUGCUUAAAAUGACAUACCCAAAUCUAACUGCCUGUAGCUCAGGACCUCAAGAAUAUGCAUAUUCUUGAUACCAUUUGAAAGGAAACACUUUGAAGUUUGUGGAAAUGUGAAAUUAAUGUAGGAGAAUAUAACACAUUAGAUCUGGUAAAAGAUAAUACAAACAAAAAACAUGCGUUUUCUAUUUGUAUCUUUUUUCAUCAAUGCAAGAGAAAGGCCACAAUAUAAUAUUGCAGUUUAGGCACAAUUUAGAUUUUGGCCACUAGAUGGCCGCAGUGUGUGUGUGCAAAGUUUCAGAUUGAUCCAGUGAAGCAUUGCAAUACUGGACUAUUUUGUAUCAAGUCUUCCCAAAUGUGCCGAAUUGGUCAAUUGAUACAUUUUCAAGUACAUAACUAUAGAGAACAUACAAAAAGGAUAUGGUAAUACAAAAUGUAAGUUUACACACUCUCAGGAAUGUCAUACAUGAUGGAUCAUUAGCCUAUACACUAACUUUCACACAUCUAGAUGGCCGGGCGGGGUGGUGUGAAAUCAGAGACAGCAAGGGUUCAAACUGUGGAACCCAGUUCCUACAUUUGAAUAUAAAAAUGGAUUUUAUCAAACAAAACUAUGCUACAUUUUAUCUCUGGGACCCGCAGGAUGACAAAUCAGAGCAAGAUUACUGAAUGUAAGUACAUUAUUUACCUUCAGAGGUGAAUGUAUCAAACCAGUUGCCAUGAUAAUUUUGUUGUUGUUGUGCACUCUCCUCAAACAAUAGCAUGGUAUGUUUUCACUCUAAUAGCUACUGUAAAUUGGACAGUGCCGUUAGAUUAACAAGAAUUUAAGUGUUCUGCCCAUAUAAGACAUGUCUAUGUCCUGGAAAGUUUGCUGUUUCUUACAACAGUCAUGCUAAUCACAUUAGCGCACGUUAGCUCAACCGUCCCAUAUACAGAACACUGAUCCCGUAGAGGUUAACUGGCUCAAAUAGCCAACCAAUCAGCCUGUUACCAACCCUUAGUACACUUUUGGUAAAAAUGGUGUUUGACCAGAUACAAUGCUAUUUUACAGUAAACAAAUUGACAACAGACUUUCAGCACGCAUAUUGGCAAGGACAUUCAACAAGCACAGCACUUACACAAAUGACUGAUGAUUGGCUGAGAGAAAUUGGUGAUAAAAAGAUUGGGGGGGGCUGUUUUAUUAGACUUUUUACAUUAUCAAUCAUAGUCUGCUGCUGGAAAAAUGUGUGUGUUAUGGCUUUACACCCCCUGCUAUAUUGUGGAUAAAGAGUUACCUGUCUAAAAGAACAGAGGGUGUUCUUUAAUGGAAGCGCCUCCAACAAAAUCCAGGUAGAAUCAGGAAUUCCCCUGGGCAGCUGUCUAGGCCCCUUACUUUUUUCAAUCUUUACUAACGACAGGCCACUGGCUUUGAGUAAAGCCAGUGUGUCUAUGUAUGCGGAUGACUCAACACUAUACAUAUCAGCUACCACAGUGACUGAAAUGACAGCAACACUUAACAAAGAGCUGCAGUUAGUUUCAGAAUGGGUGGCAUGGAAUAAGUUCGUCCUAAAUAUUUCAAAAGCAUUGUAUUUGGGACAAAUCAUUCACUAAACCCUAAACCUCAACUAAAUCUUGUAAUGGAAAAUGUGGAAAUUGAGCUGGACUACUGUUCAGUCGUGUGGUCAGGUGCCACAAAGAGGGACAAAGUGGAGGAGAGAUUGACUUCAUCACUACUUGUAUUUGUACUGAGCUGUUUGUUUGAACUACUGGCACACAGCUCGGACACCCAUGCAUACCCCACAAGACAUGCCACUAGAGGUCUCUUCACAAUACCCAAGUCCAGAACAGACUAUGGGAGGUGCACAGUACUACAUAGAGUCAUGACUACAUGGAACUCUAUUCCACAUCAAGUAACUCAUGCCAGCAGUAAAAUUAGAUUUAAAAAACAGAUCAUGGAACAGCGGGGACUGUGAAGCAACACAAACAUAGACACAUGCAAACAAACACACGAUUACAUACGCACUAUACACACAUGUACACAUGGAUUUUGUGUUAUAGAUAUGUGGUAGUAUAGUAGAGGCCUGAGGGCACACACUUAAUAUGUUGUGAAAUCUUUUAUGAAUGUAUUGUAAUGUUUUUAAAAUGUAUAACUGCCUUAAUUUUGCUGGACCCCAAGAAGAGUAGCUGUUGCCAAGGCAGCAGCUAAUGGGGAUCCAUAAUAAAUACAAAUGGAUCAUAGACGGGUCGUAGACAGGUCUUGGUAGCUGAAAAGUGACUUCUCAGUCGACACACAAACUGCAUUCGAGGUCAGCUUGAUGGGUUGGGGUAUGCAGUUAGAUAGCAGGCAGAAAUAAAACAGUGUUUUAUUAUAAUGUCACUCUUAUGGCCUCUGUAUGGUGCCACACCAGGCCAUUGUAUGUGCAUUAAUGAUUGAUCAGCACAGAAGUAAUUCAUUCUUCCCUGAUUUCCUAUAGAGCUUUUAUAGAACUGCACUGGCACAAAAUCAAAAUGAAUUCAGACUCGGAUCAUGAUAAUGACUUCAGGAAAAGGGUGGUAAUAACAGGCACCAUUAGUGUAGGAGUUGCCCUAACAAUAUGGUAUUGGUCUAUAGUGAUAGAUUUAAUCUUUCUCCAAAUGAGCUCCCCUUCCAUUAUCCAUCAGUAGUGCUUUCUAUGGCAGGAGUGGUCAACAGCUAUACAACACUAAUGGUUCUCCCCCUCCCUGCCUUCUCUCAGCCCAAUACUAGCUCCACCCUAAUGCUGAAAUCAAACCGUUAAUAGUCCAUUAAAGCUCCAAUCUCAUCACAUUAACUUUAUUAGCAUGAAGCUAUCCAAGCUGUAAUUGAUACAGCCAGCCAAGUUUGGUUGGGUAGGUCAAAAAGGGCUUGAGAUCCUGGCACCAUAGUUCUCUCUCUCUGUGUGUGUGUGUGUGUGUGUGUGUGUUUGCUUUCCCUUUCUCCAAGAAAUGAAUGUAUAAAGGAUAAACCUCUGGUUCCUACCACAUUGUGACAGAUUGAUUUGGUGUGUUUAACAGGUACCAGCCACAGCGUGUCCGUGUCUGAGAUCCUAGCAGUCCGGGAGCUCGAUGUGGACGGCGGGACGAAAGAUGAUGGCAGGUGGCAGAAAAUGCCCCAGAAACUGACUGAGGCCUAUCCAUAUGCAUUCACAGGUAGGAGUUGUUGGUAAUCUAGAGCAAUCUACAGAUAUUGGAUUCAAUAUAUAGGGUGUUCACCCAUAAAAUGUUGAAUUAAUUCAAGGUUUAUACAAGUAUGUCCAUUCAAUAGAGAAUUGCAUCAGAAAAACGAUAGUCCAAGCCCCAUGUCUCUACCAUAUACAGAGCCUUCAGAAAGUAUUCAUAACCCUUGACUUAUUCCACAUUUUGUUUUUACAGCCUGAAUUCAAAAUAGAUUAAAAUAAAAACAAAUCUCACCCAUCUACACACAAUUCCCCAUAAUGGCAAAAUGAAAACAUGUUUUUAGAAAUUGUUGCAAAAUAAAUAAAAAUGAAAUACAUAGAUCUCAUUUACAUAAGUAUUCACACCCCUCAGUCAGUACUUUGUAGAAGCACCUUUGGCAGCAAUUACAGCUAUGAGCCUUUCUGGGUAAGUCUCUUAAGCGCUUUCCACACCUGGAUUGUGCAACAUUUGCCCAUUUAUUCAUUUUUUUUUAAAUCUUCAAGCUCUGUCAAAUUGAUUGUUGAACAUUGCUAGAGAACCAUUUUCAGGUCUUGCCAUAGAUUUUCAAGUAGCUUUAUGUCAAAUCCGUAACUCGGCCACUCAGGAACAUUAACUGUCUUAUUGGUAAGCAACUCCAUUAUACAUUUGGCAUUGUGUUUUAGGUUAUUGUCCUGCUAAAAGGUGAAUUCAUCUCCCAGUGUCUGGUGGAAAGGAGACUGAACCAGGUUUUCCUCUAGGAUUUUGCCUGUGCUUAGCUCCGUUUCUUAUUUUAUCCUGAAAAACUCCCCAGUCCUUGACGAUACAAGCAUACCCAUAACAUGCUAUGCUUGAAAAUACGGAGAGUGCUACUCCGUAAUGGGUUGUAUUGGAUUUGUCCAAAACAUAACACUUUGUAUUCAGGACAAGAAGUUAAUUGCUUUGCUACUUUUUUUGCAGUAUUACUUUAGUGCCUUGUUGCGAACAGGAUGCUUGUUUUGGAAUGUUUGUAUUCUGUACAGGCUUCCUUCUUUUCACUCUGUUAAUUAGGUUAGUAUUGUGGAGUAACUACAAUGUUGUUGACCCCAUCCUCAGUUUUCUCCUAUCACAGCCAUUAAACUCUGCCAACUGUUUUAAAGUCACCAUUGGCCUUAUGGUGAAAUCCCCGAGUGGUUUCCUUCCUCUCCGGCAACUGAGUUAGGAAGGACGCCUGUAUCUUUGUAGUGUCUGGGUGUAUUGAUAUACCAUCCAAAGUGUAAUUAACUUCACCAUGCUCAAAAUCUAAUCCAAUGUCAGCUUUUUUUUUUUUUACCCAUCUAUCAAUAGUUGCCCUUCUUUGCAAAGCAUUGGAAAACCUUUCAUGGUCUUUGUGGUUUGUGGUUGUAUCUGUUUGUUUGAAAUUCACUGCUCGACUUAGGGACCUUACAGAUAAUUGUAUGUGUGGGGUACAGAGAUGAGGUAGUCAUUUAAAAAAAUAAUGUUAAACACUAUUAUUGCACACAGUGAGUCCACGUAACUUAUUAUGUGACUUGUUAAGCAAAUGUUUCCUCCUGAACUUAUUUAGGCUUGCAAUAACAAAGAGGUUGAAUACAUAUUGACUCAAUACAUUUCAGCUUUUCAUUUUGUAUUAAUUUUUUAACAUAAAAAAAACCAUAGUUCCACUUUGACAUUAUAGGGUAUUGUGUGUAGGCCAGGGACAAAAAAAAUCUACACAGGCACGAUCAAAAAGUAGAACUCAGUAGCCCGGCUCCGCGGCAGAACGGCGCUAACAUCAACUGACAAGCAAGUUCGUUAGUGAAAACAUGCUUUUUCUAAAUGAAAUCCGCAGAAUACAAAACAAAAUAGGGACUAAGUAUAUAUUAAUUUACAAUGCUGACUGAAUUUCAAUAUCCACCCUCCGAAGACAAUCUGUUCCUGUUUUCAUUCUCUAUUUCUGAUUCUCUCUUUAAAUCACCAUAGAAACAGCCCUUUUUAACGUAGAUUGAUCGCCAAUAUAGCCAAUGAAAGCCAAGGAUCUGUAGGUGAAAAUUAUGAGGGUAUCAAGUUGAUUUUGAUUGGUCCAACCCAUGCAAACACCUCCAAAUGGUACCACCUCCCAACCCCAAAUAUUGAAGAGAUACUACCAAAAGUGGCGUGGUCAAGUAUAUUAAGGUUAUAAUAUCGUAGCGAACAAUCUAAUGAUUCAUUCUUUGUGAUUUAUAAUGACAUGGGGCAAAGAAAACAACGUUUGAACUUUACUUUCGUAGCACCCUCUUGAAUUGCCCUGUUUUUCUCUAUAUUCUAGAGCAGUGAGUGAAUGCCCUACAAUAUGGUAAAUGAUACUGCAAGGUAAAUCUGUUUUGUUAAGCCUCUGUACCCUGUCAUCCCUUUGUGUCCCUCUUCCACAGUGUCUUAUGUGGAGAGAGUGCGGCAGCACCGCUGGCGGUGUAGUGACGUCACCUUCCACUGUCCAGAGGGGGCGCUGUGUCAGCAGUGGGUCCAGACCAUCAGAGAGCAGCUCGCAGCACUGAGUAUGGCUGAGUAUUACUGACACUGAAUAUGCUUUGUGAAGUCUGGUUGCAAGGCUAACUCAGAAAUGAGUAUGGCCGUCAUUCUGUGCAGAUACUCAGUAGUGCUGAGCGAUUAACCGUCAUUUCAUAUUUUUUCCGGUCAUUAAACAACUAAUUGACCGUCUGUUCAAUUACUUGAAUUCCAUCUAUUUUUUUAAUUAAAUUUUUAUGUGAGCCCAGCGUGCCAUUUUUCUAGAGAGAAAUCAAAUAAUUCACAACAGAAAUCAAGUCAACUAUGUGGGAUGCUGGGCUGAAGGGAGUUGUCGUUUUCAUUAAGCAAAUAUUCAACCUAGUUCAGCUCAGAAAUGUGGUAAUUAACUACAAUCCCAUAAUCCAUUGCGCCAGUUUUUUUCAGUUUCGGACGGAGACCAGAGAGGUCACCAAAAUAUGUCCAAAAUAAGCCCAAUGUGUUUCUAUGGGCUUAUUUUGGACCUAAAAUUGUCGCCUGCCUUCCUGCUUUUGUGACAAUGACUCCCAUUGUUAGGGCAGAAACAUAAUUAUAUACAGAUCUAUGGACGGAUAAAUUUUUACGUCUGCUACGUUAGGUUAGAUACACACAGACCGCAUGAGAGAGGAAUGUACACAACGCUGAGAGGGACAGAGACCGUUCGUGAAAGUAUGCCUUAUCUACUUUGAAGAACUAGUAAAAUGAUUUCAUCAGACCGGUCUGCAGCAUAGGCUACCUAAAUAGGAUGACUCAAAGACAGUACAGUAUGGAGAGCACAGAGAUAACGUUAGGUUUGGCUGACUGCUACUGCUUGAGAUGAGAUGAUGACUUUAAGGAAUGAAAAAUAAAUAAUAAAGUCAUCAAAUAAAAACUAAGUACAGUGGGGGAAAAAAAGGAUUUAGUCAGCCACCAAUUGUGCAAGUUCUCCCACUUAAAAAGAUGAGAGAGGCCUGUAAUUUUCACCAUAGGUACACGUCAACUAUGACAGACAAACUGAGAAAAAAAAAUCCAGAAAAUCACAUUGUAGGAUAUUUUAUGAAUUUAUUUGCAAGUUAAGGUGGAAAAUAAGUAUUUGGUCAAUAACAAAUGUUUCUCAAUACUUUGUUAUGUACCCUUUGUUGGCAAUGACACAGGUCAAACGUUUUCUGUAAGUCUUCACAAGGUUUUCACACACUGUUGCUGGUAUUUUGGCCCAUUCCUCUAUGCAGAUCUCCUCUAGAGCAGUGAUGUUUUGGGGCUGUCGCUGGGCAACACGGACUUUCAACUCCCUCCAAAGAUUUUCUAUGGGGUUGAGAUCUGGAAGACUGGCUAGGCCACUCCAGGACCUUGAAAUGCUUCUUACGAAGCCACUCCUACGUUGAGAUCUUGCGUGGAGCCCCAGAUCGAGGGAGAUUAUCAGUGGUCUUGUAUGUCUUCCAUUUCCUAAUAAUUGCUCCCACAGUUGAUUUCUUCAAACCAAGCUGCUUACCUAUUGCAGAUUCAGUCUUCCCAGCCUGGUGCAGGUCUACAAUUUUGUUUCUGGUGUCCUUUGACAGCUCUUUGGUCUUGGCCAUAGUGGAGUUUGGAGUGUGACUGUUUGAGGUUGUGGACAGGUGUCUUUUAUACUGAUAACAAGUUCAAACAGGUGCCAUUAAUACAGGUAAAGAGUGGAGGACAGAGGAGCCUCUUAAAGAAGUUGUUACAGGUCUGUGAGAGCCAGAAAUCUUGCUUGUUUGUAAGUGACCAUAUACUUAUUUUCCACCAUAAUUUGCAAAUAAAUUCAUUAAAAAUCCUACAAUGUGAUUUUCUGGAUUUCUUUUUCUCAAUUUGUCUGUCAUAGUCGACAUGUACCUAUGAUGAAAAUUACAGGCCUCUCUCAUCUUUAAGUGGGAGAACUUGCACAAUUGGUGGCUGACUAAAUACUUUUUUUCCCCACUGUAAUAUACACAACUGAAAUAUUGUAUUGUUUCAUAGUAAUUUCCUAUUUUUCUAUUGAUGUCUACCCAAUGUAGACCUGGCAGAGACAAUGGAAUAUUUUCAAUGUUUUUGCAAUUGAAUGCUCACUAUUAAUGUAUUUCAUAUUUUUUUAAAUGAUUGAAAUCGAAAACCGUGAUAAUGUUUUCAAUAAUUGAACCGAAACCUAACCGACCUCAAAAAGCACUAAUUGUUCAACACUUACUCAGCCUACAGCCUACAAUUGAUCUGGAAAAUACAAUAACAUCUUUCACUUGACUUUUUGCAGCCAGCAGACCCAAGCAUUUGCUGGUGUACAUCAACCCUUAUGGGGGCAAGCAGCAAGGCAAGCGUAUUUAUGAGCAGAAAGUCGCGCCUCUCUUCGCCUGUGCCUCCAUCUCCACGGACGUGAUUGGUGAGUUCCUGCCAAAGACAUUAAACUUGCUUUAAUAAAAGAUGAGUCUUUAUGGGCCAAGUAAAAAUUGUUCACUGUAGGCAAAUGGACACAAGCUCUCUCAGGCCGCACAGGAAUAUGACAUCAUUUACGGCCGCCAUCCAUCAUCCCAGUUCCUUAAUGGAACGGAUGAUGUCGAUGAAUGCUGGAUUCCCCUUCCAUCCGGUUUACUUCUCAGACUACAGAAAGACUGUUUACAUUUGUAACUGUGGAAUUUCAAAGUCCAAAUUUUGACUAAUUGUAUUUAACUAUACAGCUGCUUGGGUUGAUAUCAAAGAUAUUGAUACAGUAUUUGAGCAAUUGUGUAAAAAAGAAAAGAAGAAUCUAAGGUGGAUGUGAAAAUGUUUGCACAUGAAAUCAAACUAUUCCUUUGGCUACAAAUUAUUACAAUGUCUAACGAUUAGAGAAGAUUAAAUGCUACUUUAGGGCUACUUUGGGACUUCUUUAUGGAAAAUGCUUAGUCGAUAUAUUGCUCCAAGCGAGUGAAUGAUUACUCCCAAAGUCCAAAAUAUCGAUUUAUGCUACAUAUUAGGAAAACAUCAAGCAAUAUAAAUUAGUCAAUUGUAAACCUGUUCAAGUUGACUUUUCAAGUGUAUCCCAUAUACAGGAAGCAUGUUGAGACUUCUAACUCUUUCCUGGUCAUUUGUUGUCAUAGUUACAGAGCAUGCCAAUCAUGCCAGGGACCACUUGAGGACAGAGGCGGAGUUAAAGCAAUAUGAUGGGUGAGUCGAGGGUGGAGAUGUUCUCAAUGUCAUUGUCGCUACAAUAAUCAAAGGUCUGUUUUAAAGACCUCUUUGUAGUCUGGUUUUCAGCCCAACCGUCACUAAAUCAUAUUCAACCAAUCAUAGUUGAACUAAAAACACCCCGGGUCAAGUAUAUUCCUCUCAAACAAAAAGAUCAGUUUUGUUGUUGUUCUGACCUCUGUGUGUUACAUGACCUUUGACCUCUAUGCAGAGUGGUGUGUGUGGGCGGGGACGGCAUGUUCAGCGAGAUAGUUCAUGGCCUGGUCUUUCGAGCACAGAAGGAUAACGGAGUGGACCAGAACAGCCCGGAGGAGAAGCUAGUACCCUGUACUCUCCGCAUCGGCAUUAUACCCGCAGGUUAGUCAACACCCAACACACACAUUCACAAGCACAUGCAUGGACACAUUCUAUACACGCCAUCUGCAAGCAUACAUACUUUUUUUUUCUCGGUGUCUUGACAAUAUAUAACUGUGUUGAUUUCACAUUCCAUUUUUCCAUCUUACACACACGUGUAUACACACGCACCAUGGCCGUGAUUCAGAGUUUUUGUAGUCAGAAACAGAACGUAUCAAUGUCUUGUUUUGUGUGGUAUCCAGGUUCGACGGACUGCAUCUGCUAUGCAACUGUCGGCAUCAACGACCCUGUGACCUCAGCCUUACACAUCAUAGUGGGUCAGUGCAUUUAUCCACAUUGAAAUAUUGGCAGCACUUCUAAUUAAAUUGCCUUUAAAAAAAAAAAAUGGAGUGUAACUGACCUUUUUAUACAGCAUAAGCAUUCUUUAUCACUGUUCCAGGUCAUUCCUGGAGCUUUAUUGUGAGUAGAAAUGUGUGUCAUGUUUUUCACUUCCAUGUUAUCGCUAUGGUACACUCAGCUGACCAACAAGUGACAGCCGUGACCUACUGAUUCAAAGGUUUAGAGAUAAGAGGAAACUGCUGGAGGUGUGUGUGAGUGUGUGAGUAGGUGGGUGUGUGUGUGUGCGGGUGUGUUCAGGCAUUGGUGUGUGUUUCAUAGUAAAAGCACGUAUUGUGUGCCAUCACACCUCUGCCUCUGUAGGACACUGUACCCCACAGUAUCUGUGGAGGAUCACUCAUACUAGACUUUGGGUGCGUGUCUUCACAGGAGACUCCCAGCCAAUGGACGUGUGCUCGGUCCAUCACAACAACACAUUCCUGAGGUACUCAGUCUCCCUGCUUGGAUACGGUUUCUACGGCGACGUGCUGGCAGACAGCGUGAGGAAACGAUGGAUGGGACCAGCCAGAUAUGACUUUUCCGGUAGGUCAGAAGAGUUAGCUUUAGCUUUUUUAGGAAAUACCACCACUGGGUACAGUUGCGGUAGACUGUUGCCAUUGCUAAUAAUAAAGGCCAUGCCGUCGUUUGUGCAGGUUUUAAGACUUUUCUGACACAUCACCACUAUGAAGGGUUUGUGUCUUUUCUACCAGCAACUGACACACUGGGAACACCAGGAGACCAGACCAGGUGUAGAGCUGGGUAUGUCAGACUGUACUCUUACAACCUGUCCAAUGAUACACACAACCUGUUAUGUACUUUAGUAUUACAUGUUUGUCUAGAUGGUGCAAAGGAGAGAUUGUUCACUUUGCUAGCAAACUCCAUUGUCCCAUCCUCACUCCAUUCCUGCGUUCCAGGUGCUUCAUAUGCCAGCACGACGGGCAGCUGUAUACAGAGGAUUCCCCAGAGAAAUGCAAGACUGCUCCAGAUGUCUCAGACAGUGGUAAGCACAGUAUCUCUGCCUGAACACCCAAAUGACCUCAACUCCACACGCCAUGGGUCUCUACUGAAACCUACACAAUGUAUUUACCACAAAGCACCAACCUGUUUCUGCUCUAUCCCAGAAAAAGAAGGGGGGUGGGGGGUGAUCAGAGGGAAGUUCCUGGCCAUCAACGCGGCCAGUAUGAGCUGUGCCUGUCCCCGUAGCCCCAAGGGCCUGUCCCCCGCCGCCCACCUCGCUGACGGCACCACCGACCUCAUCCUUGUACGCAAGUGCUCCCGAUUCAACUUCCUGCGCCACCUGCUACGCCACACCAGCAAAGACGACCAGGUAACCACACUGGUCGUCUGCAAUGGUGUCUUGAUUUCUGUGGGUACUCCAACCCAGGUCCAUAGGAGUGGUUGCAUGAGAUGGUUAACUCGCUAAUUCCCUGUAUCAGGGAUUUCACUUUCUCACUUCUGUUCCUCUCCCCUUCAGUUUGACACGACCUUCUGUUCCUCUCCCCUUCAGUUUGACAUGACCUUCUGUUCCUCUCCCCUUCAGUUUGACACGACCUUCUGUCCCUCUCCCCUUCAGUUUGACAUGACCUUCUGUCCCUCUCCCCUUCAGUUUGACAUGACCUUCUGUUCCUCUCCCCUUCAGUAUGACACGACCUUCUGUCCCUCUCCCCUUCAGUUUGACAUGACCUUCUGUCCCUCUCCCCUUCAGUUUGACAUGACCUUCUGUCCCUCUCCCCUUCAGUUUGACACGACCUUCUGUCCCUCUCCCCUUCAGUUUGACACGACCUUCUGUCCCUCUCCCCUUCAGUUUGACACAACCUUCUGUCCCUCUCCCCUUCAGUUUGACAUGACCUUCUGUCCCUCUCCCCUUCAGUUUGACAUGACCUUCUGUCCCUCUCCCCUUCAGUUUGACAUGACCUUCUGUCCCUCUCCCCUUCAGUUUGACACGACCUUCUGUCCCUCUCCCCUUCAGUUUGACAUUACCUUCUGUCCCUCUCCCCUUCAGUUUGACAUGACCUUCUGUCCCUCUCCCCUUCAGUUUGACAUGACCUUUGUAGAGGUGCACCGUGUGCGGCGCUUCCGCUUCACGCCAUGCCAGAACGACUCAGAGCUAGACCUGAGGGAGAACGGCAAGCAGCUCUUCAGCCAGAUCUGCCACCCUGCCUAUAGCAGCUGGAACUGUGACGGCGAGAUCCUCCCCCACGCUGCCAUCGAAGUCGGGUACGCACCCCCCUAUAUGUAGAAAUAUAACCCACUUCUGAAAGUUUGUCUGCACUGUGCUAUUUUCAACAUUUGAAUUUAAUUCAUGCCUUUGUUUUUCCCUGACAAUGUUUUCUUUGUCUUCUGCCCUUCCAGAGUCCACUGCCAGUUGAUCAAGCUGUUUGCGCGAGGGAUCGAAGAGCAGUCUUUGUUUGAGGACCUCGCCCACCCGUGUGCACUAUAG